AUGCUCAACCAUGCCCCAACCAGCCGGCUCGCUCAUCUCCACUUGUUCUCCAAACAUCAGCAACGAAUCGACAUGUCAGAGGCCCCAGAAUCCAUAGUCUCCACGAACAAGCGUCGGAGAGUCGAUACCUCUGUUGGAGGCGGCAAUGCACGCGUAUGUCCUCAUUGUGGACGGACCUUCAAACGGACUGAGCACCUGUCGCGCCAUGUACGAACUCGUAGAUNNACCAAGGAGAAACCAUUCUCAUGCAAUUGUGGCGCUUCAUUCGGGCGCCGAGAUCUACUCACGCGACACCAGAGGGUGAGUGGGCAUGACCCGAGCGAGGGCCCACCCGCCACUACACCGAUCGGAGUCGAUGCACCUCAGAAACUACGACAAGCACAGAGUGAAGACAGCGGCUCUGGUGAGUCCAUACAUGUGGCUACUGUUGCUCCUGCAAUGCAGCAAGUUCCACGAAAGGACUCGCAGCCUCAAGAGAUUGCACUCGAUCAGACUACCUUCGUACCACCUAUUGAGCAGCCUCAAAACCCGCUCGCCACCAGAUACUACGAUGCUGCAUCUCUCCCAACACCAUUACCAGGCAUCAGUGAUAUCGUGAAUCCGAGCGAUGCUGUGUCAUCAUUAGAUCUAUCGGGCAUCGAUCCGGAUAUGCAUUUUCGCGAUUUUGCCAGUUUCCUUGACGGUGUUGGUCUAUGUGUUGACUGGAGUCCGAUACUCGAGAGACUAGAAGAGCCUGUUGAUGCGACAGCUCUCAGAGAAUUGCAGCGACCUACCCCUUCCAGCAUGGAUGUGCGGACAAGGGCUGGUUCGCCAUUCAGUUCAUGGCUACCAUCAGCUCCUACCAAGAACAGGAUGACAGACAAUGUCUGUGACAUAUCAAAUCCUCGUGCUGUCGAUCCAGAAGCCAGACGGUUUGAUGUGACAGAAGAGCAACGUACCAAACUCGAACACGCAAUCAGCUUGUCGCUCCACAUAAUUGACCCAACAUUCCGACUACCAUCCCGUCAUUCUCUGACUAGGUACAUCAAGUCUUUCUUUGGGGGCUUCCACUUGCACAUGCCAUUCAUACACGUCCCAACCUGGCGGCUCGAAGAUCAUCCAGUCGAGGUCAUCUUCGGCAUUGCUGCUAUUGGAGCGCAAUACUGCUUUGAGAAACGAGCGGCAGAACAGCUUUUCUUUGCUGGCAAGGCACUUAUCAUGCAUAAGCUGGCAGAUUCACCAGAACACAAUGAUUCUCACACUGUCUCGCAGGCGGUUGAAAGUGAUGGUCACCACGUCACAGGUCCAUCCACCAAAACAUCCUCCAUCGAGAUCAUCAGGGCUUUACUUACACUCAUGGGCUAUGCAACCUGGGACCCCAAACCAGCGAUGGUCCGUCAAUCUNUUGCAAUCCAAGAGACUUUGACCCAAUACCUCAGAAUCGAAGGUUUGCACGAAACUGGAUCGUCAGAAGCGGCUUCUUCACUUGAUCGAGAGUGGCACUCAUGGAUAGCCGAGGAGUCAUCUCGUCGUACAAAGCUGGUCGCAUUCUCCUUUCUCCACACGCACAGUAUUGCUUACGAUGUAUAUCCUCCUCUCCGAAGUAAUGAGGUAGGACUUCGUCUGCCCUGCUCGACUCUGGAAUGGAGCGCUUCGUCAGCGGUAUCGUGGGAUGCAGCAAGAAGAGCCAUCUCCAAACCACAGCUGUAUUUCAAAGAAGCUUUGUCGUUCCUGUUGGAACAGAAGAAUGAGCCUGCCAGACUUGAUCCGAUACCCACGCCUCUCGGAAACUAUGUUCUUCUACAUGGGCUGAUACAGAGAAUACAUAUUGUCAGGGAUUUGAGCCUGCCAGUCAUGAGUAAUAUGGCAGCUCUUCCGCCUGAAGAAGUGGAGAAACUUGAACGUGGCUUGCGCUGCUGGACUUCAGGCUGGCAACAAGCACCAGAAUCUUCACUCGAUCCAAACAAUGGGAACGGACCAAUUCCAUUUACUUCGAGUUCCUUGCUGGCUCUUGCAUACGCUCGUAUCUAUCUGAACCUUGGACCAUACCGUCAACUCCAGACUCGAGACCCUCAACGCAUCGCCAGAGCUUUGGCAAGAUGUCCUGAAAUUGACCGCAGUGAAGGUGUCAUCGCUGCGCUACUUUAUGCCACACAUAUGCUUGGUAUACCAGUCAGACUGGGUGUCGAUCGUGUUGCAAAAAGUCAAGCAUUCUUCUGGAGUGUUAGGCACUCUCUAGCCAGUCUGGAUUGUGCUAUACUGUUGAGCAAAUGGCUGUUCAAUCUCACUCGCAGUACAGCAACACAUCCUUUGAAUGGUGCGUAUCACCCAGGCUGUCACGAUAAUCAUUUGCUGACAACGUAUCAGNACAGCGAAGAGAGAAUUCUGUACUGGGUCAAGUGUAUCGUUGAAGAAGCAUAUGCAGUCGUUGACUUUGAUGAGGAGCCGCCCGAAGUCAUUGAUUAUCGCAACACUGAUGAUAUUGCACUGGCCGUGCUCAAGAUUUGGGCACACUUCUUCAAGAGCAAUUCUCAAUGGCCAUUCAUCAACAUCAUUGGUCAAGGUUUGGCAAUGUAUCGUGGCAUGUUACUCCAGACCAAGCUCUAG